AUGCUAGGCUUGAUUGAAAUCAAGAAGGAGGCUAUGUCUAGGUUUGAUGUAGCACGUUUGUGGGGUUGUGAUAUAGUGGAUUGGGAGUUUGUAGAGUCUGUUGGUGCAUCGGGUAGUUUGUUGUUAAUGUGGGAUAAUUUUUUAUUUACAAGAUUGAAUUGCUUUAAAGGGGAUGGCUGGCUGUGCGUUGAGGGUUUUCUGACAAAAAAUAAUUUCAAGUGUGCUUUCUACUUGGUAUAUGGUGCACAUGUUCGGAGUGAGAAACUGAUAAUGUGGGAGGAGUUAAGCUACUUGGUGGGUCUAUGUCAGGUUCCGUUUUGCUUCAUGGGAGACUUCAAUGAGAUACUACAUUUGGAAGAAAGGAAAGGUGCUACUAGUAUACCAGCAUCUGCGGAGGAUUUUAAGGAAUGGGUACAAGAUUUGCAGUUAGUCGAUUUACCAUUAACUGACCGGAAGUUCACAUGGUUUCGAGGUCAAUCUUGUAGCCGCAUUGAUAGGAUUCUGGUCAGUUUGGAGUGGCUUGAGGAGUUCACAGACACUCGAUUUCUGAAGUUGGUAAAGGAUGAGUGGAGGAAACUGGGAGACGACAUGUUUACAAACAAGCUGAAGGCGUUGACAGUACCACUCAGGAGAUGGCAUAUGGAUAAUUUUGGGGAUAUGGAUAACAGGAUAAAGAAGUUUGAGGAGGAGAUCAAGAAGAUCGAUGAUAAGGUCAGUGCUGGUAGUUAUGAUGGAACAAUGUAG